UACACGUAUUUACACGGCUUAAUUCCAUUCCACACAACCGAAUUGAUCGACUCGGUGUUAAAAAGUAUAUACUGCUAGUUUAUGUGAUCAAAUACCAGGUCAUUUCUUGAUUAUUCAAUCAAAGAGGCGAUACAAUACUGACCUUUGGAAUUAUUUUCUGUGUAUAAUCUUGUGUAAAUACCUAUGUGCGAAUGUGAAAAUCGAAUUAGUAUCGUCUAUUAUACACCGUUGUAUAUAUAUAUAUACAGGUGUGUUGGUAGUGGCACCUCCGACUACUGCCGUACGACCCACGCUUGGUAACUGUCAACAAAGACGCCGAGCACACACUUUCUCCUCCCCAACGUAGCUACAUGCUCAGGAACCUGAGGAUACUAGAUAUAAGAGAAGUGGAUUAAUUUCACCAUGAGAUUAAUUUCUUGUUCCCGGCGAAAUACUGGAUAUGUAUUACAGAGUUAAGGCGCUUCACACCAAUACUCAGAGCACUCGAGAACAGACGAACCUUACGACUGUGUGUGUAUACAGACCAUCUGAACACCAGGGUAGGACAUUUAAACUGGAGCCUCGACAUCUGAACGCCAGGGUAGGACAUUUAAACUGGAGCCUCGCCAUCUGAACACCAGGGUAGGACAUUUAAACUGAAGCCUCGACAUCUGAACACCAGGGUAGGACAUUUAAACUGGAGCCUCGACAGCGGUAGACACGGACCAAUAUUUACGUAGACAUUGUGUAUACCAAUACAGGAGAAAGUGUGAUAAAUGGAGCCUCCCAUGUUUCGGCGUCAUUUGAAACAGAAAGUUAAAGGCGUACGACACACUUGGGUUGGUGACCUAUCCCCGAGUUGAGUGAGGAGGAGCAGACGGUUUAGUGUGGGACAGGGCCCCCGACAGAGGAGCUAGAUUAGUGUGGGAGAACAGGUUAGCUGGAUUAGUGGGAGAGCGCCGGGACUAGCAGGUUCUGCCGGGGAGCACCCUGCUGACGACAGGGUUUGUUUGUGAGCGCCCUACAGAGAAGAUUUUACAAAUACAGCGAGUGGAAACAAGCAUGCAAAUCAUGGAAUUAACCUACAGAGAUUAUCAUAACCGAGUUUUUACUCACACCGAGAAAAAGAUGAUGGAGUUGGACAGAUUGAAAUUGUUGGCUAACAAACAUAUGGGCCGUCUUCAUCAGCUCAAGAUGCGCUACAUUGACUGGUUCAACCGGAAGCACCAGUCUUUUGUCGAUUCCAUCAAGCUCAUCCACACCCUGGGCGGCACACUACUUCCGCUAGAGGUGGACACCAUCCGCCAUUACAGGCGCGUGCGCGACCUAUCACGGAGAUUCCCGCGGAACGGGACUCCGCGAGACGCUAGUCCUGUCAAAAUGGACGAGUUCAUUUCCUUUUGGGAAGAGAUGAAUAUUCUUAAACUCGAGAACGAUGCACUGUUUGACAUUGUAGAGGAUUUUUGUCAUAGUAUACGACGGCUUAGACAGCCGGAACUGAAGGACGAAAUUGACAGACUACAUUAUAAACUGAAUCUUUUCUGCGCAGAAGACUUCAAGUUUACAGAACUCAACAACGAACGUGACAAUUUGUUUACUUAUAAAAUUGCGCCACAUGAUCACAAAUAUCACGGUCUGGUGAACUAUAUACCAUUCCUCCUAAACUACGCCACACGGCUGUGCUACUGGACCAGUAAACUAUAUAUAGAAAAAUCGUAGUAUCACUUUUGCAUAAUAAUGUACUACCUUGGUGCACGCACACUAUGUGAAAACGUGAUUUAAAGUAAGCAUUUUGUUUGGCCACACAACUUUUAUAGCCAAGGACUUUUGAUCAGCAUUCUGAUAGAGAUUACCGGAAGUGGAAAUAGCCAGGUCCACGUGACUUGAGAAGUCUUUUGAUUGGCCACUUAAAUGAUGAAAUGCAACUUAGAGAAAUAUGUGUUAACCAGACAAUGCAAAUAUUUAUCAUUAAUUAAGACUUAAGCGACAAGGUUCCGCGAUAAUUGGUUAGUUAAUAGUACGGACCCAGAACUCCUCCGUGUUAUGUUAAUACCGUGUAGAUAGAAACUCUCUCUCUCGCCCUCUCUCUCGUUCGCUAUUAGGCCGUGUUGGUUUAAACAACGUUUUACUAAAAUUAUGGCUGUUUUUAAUGAAAGGCAUGUGCUUGAACAUAGAUUAAAAUCAGUCAAUUUGAUGUUAAAUUGAUAUAAUUUGGUGUCGUUAUCAGAUAAAGAUAUCGAGAAAGCUACAUUUUAAAACGGAAGCUCAUCAUAUAAUGAAAACUAGUGUGGAAUGAAUCUAAAUGACCACGUGUCUGUGAUAUAUAAUGAAAUAUAAUAAAUGUUGUAACUGUGAAAAUGUUUCGAACCUAUGGUUAUUUUUCCGGAAAUGGGCAUUUCUAAUAUAUAUAACCGAAAAUGUCCAUUUCCUCUUUUGAGAUGUUUUGGUACCGGAAGUGGAUAUAUUUAAUAAUAAUUGUCAUUUCGUGAUUGGACUGUAUUACCAGAAUUUCAUUAAAAAUUAUCACAAAUAAAUCUACUUCCGGUAUGACAGAACGAUCAUAUUUUGCCAAACCUAAUUAGUUUGUUUUGUCAUCUGUAUGCUUGUUAAGUAGAAUGUUUAAUUUAUAUUCAUUUGAUUCGUGAGUGAUAUUAACAUACAUGUAUUUGUCCGUUAUAUUUAAAAUUCUAUUUUCAUUACUUCUAAAUUCAUAAAAUAAAGUGAUAUCUACUUAUUAAAUAAGUCUA